CCCACAAGUCCCAGCAGCAGGGCGGGGAACGACGGUGACCUUAUAGCUUCCAGCCUGGCUCCAGCAAAGUCUUUAACCAGCCCAGCCUGCUGAGACAAACUCCGACAUAGUAUCUUAAGUGACUGUUGUUGUCGUCUUUUUAGUGCUUUAUUUCCAGUAGCCAUGAACAAGGACACGCAGAGCAAGCAGGUGCCGGAGUCCACCGGAACUCUGUCCCCAUCCAAAGGCCAGAAACCCUCCAGGAUGCCCAAGUGCUCCCGCUGUAGGAACCAUGGCUAUAUAUCUCCUCUGAAGGGACACAAACACUUCUGCAACUGGAGGGACUGCCAGUGUCCCAAAUGUAAACUGAUAGCUGAAAGACAGAAAGUCAUGGCAGCCCAGGUCGCACUGAGAAGGCAGCAAGAUCAGGAGGAAGAGCUUGGUAUUUGUAGUCCUGUAAUUUUGCCAGGGCCUGAGGUGAUGGUGAAGGAUGAAGCCAGAGCAGACUGCAUGCUCUCUGCUGAGGGACGAUCCCCAAUACCCACCAGUACCUGCAGUUCUUCUCUUGCUGCCACAGGGAGUUGCUCGAUGUCCUCCAGCCUGUCGACUGGUGCCCGGGCUCAUACCGAGGAACCAUCUGACCUGCUGCUAGAAAACUCCUAUUACAACUUCCACCGGCCUUUGUGCUACCCCACUUACUAUGGCAACCUCUACAACUAUCAGCAAUACCAGCAAAUGCCCCAUGAUGAUGGCCUCCUGUCGAGCCACAACAUGUCCUCUCAGUACUACAUGCAUUCCUACUACCCAGCAGCCACCUACUUGACUCAGAGCCUGGGUUCCACCCCCUGCGUGCCAGCUGUCUUCAACCUGGAGGACAACAACAGCAACAAAAACAGCAAUAACAACAAUGACAACAACUGCUCUGAGGCCAUGGCUGCAUCCUUCUCCCCCAGUCACAUCUCCAUUGUUCACGACUCCGCCUGCAGGACCCCGCUUAACUCUGAGGUCAAUGUUGAAUGUGAGGCCAGCGAUGAGAUGCCAAACUUCACUGUCAGCUCCAUCAUCGAUGGUGACGCUGGAAAAUGAAAAAAGCUAAGGAUAAAAUUAUACAACAAAA